AAAACCAGUGUCGGUCCACGCAACAGCACGCCCGUCACGUUCCGCACAUGGAUCGGGGGUUGAGGUGACCACGCCACACCCUGCGUUCAGACGGAGUCAGGGCGGCUGUGCUGCCUGGGGGGGGAGCGGCUUGUGUAACAGCUGUACGAGCCAGUGGCACCGACAGCAACCAGUUGCGCCAGCACCGCGCGCCCCGCUGAAAUGUCUCGUACGCAGAGGAGGCGGCGCAUGCAGCGGCCUCUCAGCGCGACGAGCACCGACAACUAGUGGGGGAUUACGCGGACGCAGUUUGUGUACGCCAGCGGUUACAUGUUCGUGUCGCCGCCGCCGCUGUAGCCACUUGUCGGAGGAAUGAGAGGCCUGUGCGGGGCUCUGGAAAUGGGACUGUUCCUGCACGCUGUGGGCUCUGUCACCCCCACCGAGUCUGCAGUGGACCGGAGUCUGCUGCACUGUGAAGGCGUUAAUAACCAGAGCUACAUCUGUGAGUCGGGACACUGCUGCGGAGAGUCUCAGUGCUGCAGCUACUACUAUGAGCUCUGGUGGUUUUGGUUGGUGUGGGCGAUCAUCUUCAUUUUGAGCUGCUGCUGCGUGUGCCACCAUCGCCGCACCAAGCACCGGCUGCAGCAGCAACAACGGCAGCACGAGAUCAACCUCAUCGCUUACCGUGAAGCACACAACUACCCCGCUGUGCCCUUCUACUUCAGGUUUCUGCCAAACUACCUCCUACCUGACUAUGAGGAGGUUGUCAAUAGACCACCAACUCCUCCCCCUCCCUACAGUGCCUUACACACAGGCCCAUCCUCAGUGGCUUCUUGUCCCCUGGCCUCUGAGCCGCAGGAGGGACACUGUCCAGCCAUCCAGCCUACUCCACUGCCCCAGGUCUCUGAAAGUCUGUGUUGCAGACCCAGCACAGAGGAAGCACAACCUCCAACUUCAGACUUUAGGCCAAAGCCUGACAGCAAGCCCAUGCAGACUCCACAAGAUUCAGGCGUGAUACUCCUCUCAGAUGGGCUCAGUAGGGAGGCAAUCACCAGCCAGGAGAAAAGAAGCGGAGAUGUGGAAGAGUCUUGCAAGGACCCCCUGCUGAAGGACCUGUCAGAGGGUUGCGCUGAGGACAAAGAUCGUCUCCCCAAUGGAAGGAGGCGGCGAUUCACAGGGGACUCUGGGAUUGAGGUGUGUGUGUGCAGCACACGUGGGAGCGGCAGUUGCAGUGGAGUAGGAGGGACGGGCCAGGAAGGCAAAGAGUUGAGGGAGCUGGAGAGCCUUCUUGGGCGCGAGGGACAUGGCGACAACGAUGAGGAGGAGGGGGAAGAUGCGGGCGACUUCUGUGACAGCUGCGGUCAUCGGGCCUCCUUCAGCGUGGAGGAGGAGCAGGUGCUGGGUGGGCUGGAGAGGCCGGCUGCUCGUGGACCUUCAGGAUCUCCUGAGGCGGCUCAGCAGAUAGGCAGCGGCUCGCUCCACCCUCCUGUGUGCCUCCUCCUUCACACCAUCAACGAGCAGGAGGGGCCACACCACAACACAAGCACUGAGCCCCAGGGCUGAAACACAGCUGACACAGUGUUGUUAGGACAGGAUAUAGAGGCACGUGCUUUUGUAUUUAAGUGUAUUGUCUAAAUGCUUUCUGAGUGAGUAUUUUUAUGAAUGUGUGCAUCUUAGAUAAAACGGGUGUGGAGGAAGUGGAAUCUCAACUGAAGCGAGUGAGAUCUGGAAAAGUGGCCUUAACCUGUGUAUGUUGGGUUAGUGGGGCCGUAAAAGCCCUCUAACAGCCUGUGGCAAUUGAGACUUCUCACUCUGCUCUCAAACACAAAGUCUGUCAGAUGUCCGUCUCAUACAAUGGAGUCUACUGACAGUCAAAGACUUGAUAGCCGAAGCUGUGAUGUCAGAACAGGAUGUUCACUGCCUAGGAUGAACAGAGCUCCUCCUCAAUGGGUGCUUGUAACAGUUCUGCAAAGCCGCUCUUUCCGUUAUAAUAAAAAGAAAAAAAAACACACCCAGCAGGGACAUUUUGAGGGAGUGGAAUGUGGAAGUACCACAGUGUGUUUUUUAUGCAAUCCGAUACUGUACAGGGACACCUGAACAAGACUGCGUGGGACGUCCUGUUAUUCUCAUGCUUCUAAAGUGCUUUGUUGGCGAUUUAAAAACCGCUUUGCCUUGUUCUCAUUUUGUUGUUCCUUAUCUUCCCUGCUAGCGAUAGUGUAAGUGCAUUAACAGAUCUUUAUGUGAGCAGUUCCUAUUUUGCACAAAAUGUAUUUAGCUAUAUAUAUAUGGAAAAAAAAAAGUCAAGACAACUGUUUUUUUUUUUCAUAACCUAAAAGUCUUAAAGGACCGAUAUGAAAGUUUGGCGUUUGGCUACAUCUCCAACAUUGGUGUUAUCAGCUGUCUACUUAGCAGCGAAAAGUGGAAAGCAGAGCGAAUGUGAACUCUUCAUUUGCCUCUAUUUCUGUCACUUCAUCUUCUGUUAGCGAGUCACCUUUAGCGUCCAGCCUGCUCUGAAAAAGUGGUGCUGCUCAGAGGGCAUUGUAUGGCCUUUUUUUUUUUUUUCAUGUAAAUGCAGCAAUUGCUAAACCACCAACAAACCGGGGCAGAAAAAACAUACAUAUAGCACCUUUAGUUUCUUAGGGUUUUGUUGCCACAUCUGUAGGAAAUUGACUUCUGUAAAUUGUUUGUAUACAAUCAUUUUAAAACAUGAUUUAAUGAAUGUUUGUAGUAUGUGCCUACCCCAAAACAUGCAGAAUGUUGAUGAACGAUUAGCCUCACUGAAAGUGAGAGAUUGUCAGCAAUCAGGUACUAAAACCAAGAAAAGAAUGUUAAGCUUCAGAGAUUAUAACUGAGAUGGGCAACAUCAGACCUCAAACUUUUGUGUCAGUCACGUCAAUAGAUCACCAGCUUCACAGUAUAAAAACAAAGAUUCACAAUCUUAAUGUUUCAUAUCAGCUCAAUCGCUACCAUUCUCCACUCCUAGUAUCCAUUGAUUGAACAUAUCUUAUAGUUUCCAGUUAAAGAACUUUACCCAAAAGUGAUUGAUUCUGUAAGUCUUUUCUUUGUUUGUAUAGGACAGAAAAUUCCCCAUUUAAAUUGUACACAAAACGUGCAUUCAACCACUCGUGGUAAAAUACACAUUUUCUUUCAACAGCUGCAGUCAGGUGUGUGGGGAAAGAAAAACCUCUGUGGCAAGUGAACAGAGAAAAUGUAUGUAGUUUAGAUAAAUUCAUAAAUAAGUGAUUAGUGAACCAUAAAAGAUAAUACAUCACCAUAUGAGUGCCAAAAUUAAUUUGAAACAAUAAUCAAAAGUUAAUUAUAAUGAAAGCAUUUUCACUAGAAAACCAGUCGCUUGAAUGUUUUAAAACGAACCUCCAAAUCCAAACAUCCCAAGAUGAUAAUCGUUUGUCAUCGAUACACAAAUUGUGAUUAAUGACAGAUAUGCACAUGAAACAUGAAUUGCUCACAGAGGAGAAAGUGGGUGUGAUGUGUGAAUAUUUCACAAAGUAACUUUUUGUUUGCCCAUGAACAGGAUCUGGUGACUCUAAAUGCUGUUGUGCUGCAGCAAUGUCGUUUCAAAGACUUAACGAUAUUGUGAUGUCUGCAAAGCACAAAUGUGUAGGUCUCUCAGAUUUAUACUAAAUAUACCAUGAAACAAUCAAACGCAAGGUGUCUCCCAAAAGCGCUGGGCGCAAGAUAAAAAAAACUAACAUCACUUUCUGUAAUGAUAGUGAGAUGACUGAAUUUUACUCAUCGAAGCCUGAACACAAUUUAAAGUGCUUUAUAUGCUUUUUGUGACCUAGAAAAUCCAAUUGUAGUACAUGUAGUACAAAGAUGAGCUAUUUUUCAUAUCGGCUGAAUCCUUUAAAAAAUAUUCUAACUGUAUAAAAAUUUCAAAACCACUUUAUAUUGAGGACAAUAUUCUGUAACAUGUUUGUGAACCAAAAUAGUUGCUUUCAUCAUUUUUAUGGAAUCAGUAGCUUUAUGUUAUGGACAGAUUUUCUUUUGUCAUUGUGGGUAUUAUUAGUGUUAUUAAUAUUAUUCUUCUGUUUGAGAAAAGAUGUGUGAAGGGUACAUGUGACUAACAAUACACUAGACGAGUCUGAUAACAAGAUCAGGGGCAUCUCGCCAAAGACACUUUUUCUUUCUUUACCAGUGUGUAAGGUGGUUUUGCACAUAUUAUUUGAAUGUUCUGAUCAUAAGCCAUUAAUUACGAAGAUGGACAUAUGUUUAAUAAACAUACUCUUUUAAAUUCAA